GUGAAGCACGGAGCCGGGAAGGGGGGACUUCAAAUAAAAUCCCACUUCGUCCGCCGUACAUGAAGACCUGGAUCUAUUGCCAACAGGUCGUCUGACAUGCCAAUAAAACAGGCCCACUGCUGUAUUUGAGUCUAAACGCCUGCAAACAGCCCGGCCUGAACCAAUGCAUUCAGAAGUGUUGAUACAGGACAUCUCUAUCCUGCAUGACGCGCAGUUGGCACUUAGCGGAUAACCUCGUUUCGCUGGAAGAAGUGCACACGAAUUUGGGACUGAAAUGAAGGCAAGCGUUCACUGCAUGCGCGUCUGGGGUGAAAUGUAAAGCCCGUUUGUGCAGGAACCAUGGAGAACCCCGAGCUGCGUUCAUUCAGCAUAUCUUACAUGAGCGACAGAUUCCCAGAGGUGCCGUCUCUCUCUCCAAGAACUUUGAAACUUUCUAACGACUCUUAGGACAUGCGCUUUUUAUUCGAAACCCUUGCGCAAACUUAAAAAAAAAAACAAACACAUUUCCCAAGAACGAUCAGACAUGAGGAGUGGCGGUGUGCAAGGAAGGUCGGGCGGCGUGUCCGUGGUGCGCUCCUGUUUGCUGCUGCUGCUCAUCCAAGUGAGCGCACCGGCGGAGGCGAGGAGACUGCGCGGCGGCCGGGCUCAAACUCGGCGAGUGCAGCUGUCUCCGCCGUACAGGGAGCGGCCCGAGGGAGCAGAGAGCUUCCCGCUAGAUUUUACAGCCGUGGAGGGGAACAUGGACAACUUUAUGAUCCAGAUCAAGAACCUGGCGCAGUCACUCUACCCAUGCUCUGCCCAGAAGCUGGACCAAGACAUGAAGUUGCACUUUCUGAAGAAUGCAUCUGUGACUUGCAACGAUGGGUCACCAGCAGGGUACUACAUCAAGGAAUCUAAAGGCAGCAAGAGAUGGCUGGUAUUUUUAGAGGGUGGAUGGUACUGUUUCAACAAGCAGACGUGCGAUGUGAGAUAUGAGACCAUGAGGAGACUGAUGAGCUCCACCAAGUGGCCAACCACCAGAACAGGAACAGGAAUACUGUCUCCUCAGCCAGAGGAAAACCCUCACUGGUGGAACGCCAACAUGGUGUUCAUCCCCUACUGCUCCAGUGAUGUGUGGAGUGGAGCCACAGCAAAGACAGACAACAAUGACUAUGCGUUCAUGGGGUCUCUGAUCAUCAAGGAGGUGGUGAACGAGCUGCUGACAAAAGGGCUGGACAAUGCCAAGGUUCUGCUUCUUGCAGGAAGCAGUGCGGGCGGUACAGGUGUCCUGCUGAACGUGGACCAUGUUGCUGAACAGCUGGAGUCACAGGGUUACCCAGGGGUGCGAGUCAAGGGCUUGGCUGACUCGGGGUGGUUCCUGGACAACAAGCAGUACAGAUUUACCGACUGCCUGGAUACCAUUACUUGCGCCCCCACCGAGGCCAUAAAGAGGGGGAUCAGGUACUGGGGCGGGCUGGUGCCUGAAAGCUGCAGACAAGCUCAUGUGGGAGAAGAGUGGAACUGCUUCUUUGGAUAUAAAGUCUACCCGACCUUGAAAAGCCCAGUGUUUGUGGUGCAGUGGCUGUUCGAUGAGGCUCAGCUGACGGUGGACAACAUCCACCUGACGGGACAGCCUGUGCAUGAGGGCCAGUGGAGAUACAUACAGAACCUGGGGCAGGAGCUGAGGAACACACUGCAUGACGUACCGGCCAUGUUUGCUCCAGCCUGCCUGUCCCAUGAGCUCAUUACCAGAACCAACUGGAUGGACAUUCAGGUGAAAGGGACCUCCCUGCCCAGAGCCCUCUACUGCUGGGACCGUGGCCUCCAAGACACCAUCCAUACCAACAAUAGUCAUGGCAACCACAAUCACCAAAACCACAAGGUCCAACCCAUGAGGGGUUGCCCCCUGCAUUUGAUUGACAGCUGUCCAUGGCCGCACUGUAACCCCACCUGCCCGACGAUUCGCGACCAGCUGACAGGACAGGAGAUGAGCGUGAUCCAGUUCCUGAAGCAUUUGGGUUUCGACGUGCAGAAAAUGGCCCAGCAGCAGGGAAUGGACCCUGGGAAGCUACUGGGCAUGCUCAAUAACGGGAACUGACAAGUCAAGCCAUGGUUUCUUGCAAGUGCAGCAUCGGUAGUGUACUCUCAGUAAGCCAAUUUACAGAAAUAACAAAGGUGCUGAUUAUAACUGAUCAGAAAACAACAGGAACAUGGGAAACAAAAACUGAGAAAAUGCAGUUUCCAAAGGUUCUCCUCCACAAUCAACAAA